AUGAUUAUGCAACCAAAUCGUCACAAACAGAUAGCUUUAGUAAAAUUCUGCCAACUUGGAGACUGCCAAGAGACUGAAUGUCCACAAAAUUCUCAAACAUGGUGUCCAAAUAGAGUCGGAUCUUUUGGUUAGACGGCCUUGCAAGAAGCUGCAAACGUAGGUCACUCGGCUUCGGUAUCACUCCAUAAUGCUUACAAGGUGACCGCGACCUCGAUUCUUUAGGUUCUGAUGGAGAAACUGCGCUUUACAAAUGUAUUGUCAAUAACGACGUGAAAACUAUGAAGGUUUUGCUAUCUUCGGGAUGUGAGGUAGAUGUGAGGAACACUGGGGGCAUUCUACUGUUCAUGUAGCUGCCUAUCUUCAUUGAUAAUUUUGAGGCAGCAAGGUUGUUGUUGAGUUAUAAUGCGAAUGUGAGGCUGUGAGAUCGGUGGAACCAAACACUAUCACAUAGAGCGGCUUUUAAGCUAA